CUGAAUGGCACUUACAUGAAAAACUAACCAGCGUAUCGACACGAAUUUGAUCUAUGUCACGACUUCGUGUGUAACAGCUGUUUUUAACCCCCCAGCAGAUGUUAAAGAAGCUUAAGGAAGCGAAUGUAAACUACAUCUCCCACGACGGCGCUUAAUGAAAUCGAGGCAGUGUAAACAGUACUUCAGGAACAUGAAAAGAUCGGAUGACAGUGAGAGGGAAAAGAGGAGAAAGAGGCGCCGGCUGCUUCAGGAGUUGGGAGAGCAACGGAUCCCCUUCCUCUCGCCUUCUGACCCCGGCUUCCAACAGCUAUGGGACUCCAGCUACUCGGGUCUGGCGUUGCGGCAGGCCGGAGCGCUCCCCGAGGGCCUCCAUGAACGUGUGCGGUCAGCGUUGACCACCCUGCGGCGUCGCGGCUGCCUCUUGAGGGACCUGGUCCGCGUGCGGGACCGGGAUGUCUUCACUGCCGUGUCCCGCGCUCUGGUGGGUCAACCGGGCUGCACCUACCGCUACUUGGACACUCGCCUCUUCACCAUCCCUUGGCACUGCGAGGAAGAGGAGGGGCAGGUGCAGACCGAAGGCCAAAGCGAGAAGCCCUGCUGCGACCCAGACCUGAGGAGCGCCUGCAAGGCAUUAUGGGAGCUCAACCAGUUCUUCUGCACGGACAUCCAACAUCACAAGAAUGCCCGGGGUGUCAAACGCAAACACAGUGAGACAGAAAACAGCGGCAGCCAGGAAGCCCCCAAAAAAGAGAGCAGAAGCGAGAAACCUGAAAAAGACCGAGUGCAGGAGGAGAAAGAGGAAAAGUCAGAGAAAGGGGAGCAAAAGGAGGGAGAAGAAGAAGAUUCGGACAGCGGGCAGGGUUGCUCUCACUCCUCUCCUCCGCAGCCCUCACUGAGCGGCCCAGUUCAUUUCAACAUCACGCUCAUUAACUACAUGGACCCGGCUGGUAUGACUCAUCUGAAGGAGGAGCCCUACUAUGGCAUGGGCAAGAUGGCGGUGGGCUGGCACCAUGACGAAAACCUGGUGCCGCUCUCACCCCUGGCUGUCUACAGCUACAGCUGUCCCGGAGAGACCAAACCUGAAGCAGUGAAAGCGCCAGUGGAGAAAGAAGGACAGACUUCAAAUGAAGGAGAAAAGGGGGAUGAAGAAAGAGGGAGCCGAGAGGAAGAGGAAGGGGGCGACGAGGGCACGAGUAAAGAAGAAGGAGAGAAAGAGAAGGCAUGCUGGCGUGUGGGGCUGAAGGUGGCCUGGGACAUCCACACGCCGGGGCUGGCCCUGCCACUGCAGUCUGGAGACUGCUAUUACAUGACAGAUGACCUGAACAGGACACACCAGCAUUGCGUACUGGCAGGGGAAACAGCCAGAUUCAGCUCAACGCACAGAGUCGCACAGUGUACAACAGGUACCUUGGAGUACAUCCAGAAACGCUGCUCUGAAGCUCUGGAGAACUUACACACAGAUCCCGAGACUGGUACCAAGAGUCUACGCUCUUUACUCCCUUUCACCCUGCAGCACAUAGAAGACAUCCAUAAUGAGGUGGAGUUUGAAUGGCUGAGGCAGUACUGGUUCCAGGGCCACCGCUAUGCUCGGUUCUGCAGCUGGUGGAGCAAACCCAUGGAGCGCCUGGAGACAGACUGGAAGGAGAUGGAAAGGAUGACUCAGCUGCUGUUGGCGGUGGUGGAGGAUGAGAGCAGUGUUCAGGAGAACAGAAGAGAAAUGGCUGAGACUCUGCUGAAUGCUCUGACUGACAGACAACAACACAGACAGACCUGGAGGGAUAGAUGCCAGUCGAGCCUGGCACAAACUUUGCCGCCUGAAGAAGCACCUGUGGACCGACCGUACUGGAACAAUGACGACCCGGACAUGCCCUUGCCCUUUGACCUCUCUGACAUCAUCAGCCGUGUGGAGUCACUCCUCUGGAGGAUGUAAGGAUUUUGUCAGAGAAUAAGAGAAGAGAGACAGAGAAAAAGAGCCCGAGGUACCCCAUGAAGGAAACAGGUUGCCGGUGACAUGAGAGCAGCGCUUACCUGGUCUAUUUCUCCCUCACCUGAGGAUGAACACUCUCACACACACGCACACACACUCUCACUCAGUCACACACACUCACACACUCACACACUCACCCACUCAACACCGGACUCCGCCACCGCAUGGAUGGAUGGACGAAUGGAAAGAUGCAGACGCGCACCAAGGGUGAAACCUGGACGAGACUUUUAUUUUUCUCAAUCCUUUUUGUCACCUCUUUCAAUGCCCUUCUGUAGUGUUGUAAUGGAAAUGCAUAUAAACAUUUCAGCAGUAGCAUCCAAUAACUAGGCAUCUAGCUGUGUGUCUUUUUUUGUUUUUUUCUAACGUUCCAUGUAGCCUCUUUUUCCAUGAGAAGCCUUGUCUAACAUGCAUCACAUAUACAAUAUACACAGUGCGCUUUAAAAUGCUCUUCUUUUGCUAGUUGUUUGUUGUUCUUUUGCGAGAAAGUGUAGGAUAUAAUCCUAGCAACCCGGAUAUGAGGUCAUGGGGCGAGCCUUGUGGUAUCAUUAGUGUGCUGUAGUCUUUAGUCCUGCGUGUCAGUAUUGUCUGUCAGUAUUGUGUCGUAUGUUUGCUUGUGUCUGGAAGUUUGCCCUAAUAUUGUGUGUAUGUGUGUGUGUGUGUGUGUGUGUGUGUGUGUGUGUGUGGAUGACAGGUGAGUUUGUUGAGAAUGUUAAACUGUGUAUGUGCCUAAAAGUCAAGUAUGUAUUUAGUAUGUAUGAAUUAUAGUGUCACUGACUUCAUCUCAUUGUGUGUGUGUGUGUGUGUGUGUGUGUGUGUGUAUAUGUAUACAUACAUGAGAACUAGAGUUUUUUGUUUUUUCAUUGGCCUUGCCUGAAGUUGUUCACUGCAACUUGGCAAGUGAAAUGGUCUCAAAUGUAGUCAGUAUCUCUCACUAUAAGAAUAUUAUGAGAUAAUAUUCUAAUAGAUUUUUUACUUGUAAUUUAAAAAGUAAAAGUCAUUUUAUCUGGUGAAAGUCUCUUACUCCACAUAAUGGCAGACAAUUUUGCUUGUUUUACGUGUUAUCAUGAUAUAUUAUAUUCUUAUCUGCAUUAUUUCUUGAAAACAAGAAUUAUUAUCUGCCAAUGGAAUAAGACACUUUCACUAGUGAAACAUGGAAAAAAGAAUUUUUGAACCAUUCUGAAUUUUUCAAACCAUGCUGUUCACUUCCCACUCCAUGGACUGCACAAACAGUCUAUUUUGAAUUCACUGUUUUUAUGAUGCCACAAAAAAUUAGCCCAGUCUUAGCUCAGUCUUUAAUGCACAGUAAGGUUGGAAAGUGAUCAUGUGAAGGUGACUUAUGACUUUUUGGUGCAUACCAUCUUACAGUGUUCUUUAAAAUUAUAUGAAAUAUUAGAGAUAUUGACUACAUUUAAGAUGCCAGGUUUUUUUGCAGUGUAUGUGUUAAUGUGUGAGAUGUUUUGAGUAUUUUUCUUGCUGUAAAGCUACAUCCACAUGAACUUUCCUGUUAGAAAUAAAAGACAUUUGUGCUAAGUUU